AUGGAUAUCAUAUUUUCUCUUGGAAUCUACGGAUCUGGUCUUUCUCGUGUUGACAGCGCUUGUGAUGGCUGUCGUGUGGUACGUACUCUUUUGUACGCAAAUUCAAGCUUCUGCGUGAACUUCCCUGGCCGAAGGGAUAGGCAAAGCACCGGAUAUAACUGCACCGGUGUCGUCAACGUGAAGACGUAUGUUGACUCGAUCUCCGAAUCGGUCAGUGUACGAAAUAUCGGUUCUGACUGUCCUAACAAUGGUUCUAGUAGUCUAGCGUUGUCUUUAGUACCCUGUUCUUGCUAUUCAUGCAAAGGAGACCUCGUCUUCCGCAAAAAGUGGAAUAGUCACGAAGUUUGGCGACUGAAAAGAGGAGAGUUACCAGCUAACAGCGUCCUUGAUUUCGACACUGCCAGCACCCCGCCCUCUUGCAUCAUUCAUCGGACCUUCUGCACGUCCGGUAACUGUCACUCACCCUUCACCAAAUCUGUCCGAACUCCCUCGUCUUCGUCCGCAGUCAAUUCAGGACUUGGGCACGUCGCUCCAAACGCCACUUCCACUCGGAGAUGCGAGCCUGCAGUUCGGUUAGUGAGCACUCCCCCGCUAGUUCCAGAGGAUGAACGUAUGGUUGAUGAGAGUGCCUUCUCAUUUAUGAGUGAGCGAGGUGGAAUGGAGGAGAAGCAUGAUCAUGAUCUGAGGGUCCAGGAGGCAGAAGCAUUGGGGCUGGAGCAUCUACUGGCAGUGCUCGCAAGGGAGCUAUUCGAAGAAAUAGGGACUGACGAUUGGGAGGAACCUGAUGACGACGAAUCCAGUGACGACGAAUCCAGCAACGAGGAAUUCGACAGGCCGGUGACUGACUUCGAAAUAGCAUCCAAUGGGGGUUCACACUAUAGCCCAUUGCCUAUGGCUCCCUCACCUACAUUGUCUGGUCAACCGUUGGAUUUCCUGCAUGACUUUGAUCCUCGCCACGAAAAUACUCCCGGCCCUUACCAUUUCACCUCCCAUUUCGAGCGUGUAAUGCCCUCCUCAGUGGUCUUUGCUCUUGCCCUGCAGAGUUUUGGUAUACCAGUGGAUCCGCCAAUGUACCGCACUCUGCCGGCCGUUCUCCACAAUCUCGAUGUGGAGCCAUCCUUUCGCAUUUUGCUUGUCUGUCCCAAAUGCCAGGAAGUUUAUGCUGUGAACACUCCUGCAGAUGCCAAAUGCACUGCUUGCAAUCAUACACUUUAUAAUACGACACCGACGGCUGCUGAGGAAAGACAUGGUCAUACCUCACGGGAGAAGCCUAAGCCACUUCUUCAGUUCCCUAUGAAGUCGCUUGAGGAGCAACUCGCCACACUGUUGAUGGUGCCGGGGAUCGAAGACGAAAUUAGCAACUCCUUGGUUAAAGUUCGACAGCAUGUUCCGGGAGUAUACACCGGUAUUUUUGAUGGUAAAAUCUGUCAAGAAUUGAAGGCUGUCAAUGGUUAUCGCUUCUUUCGGCCGAGUGCAGAGACUAUUGCUGCAGGAGAGCUUCGAGUCGGUGUGACAUUGGGUGUUGACUGGUACAGUUUGGCUCUACAUCUAGAAGCCUUCAAUAACAGACGUUCUCAGGCUCUAAUACCUUCGGAGUCAACUAGCGCCACCUCACACAUCAUGUCUAAUGUCUUACAUUAUGAUCAACUUGCCGGAGCAUUUACGUUUCCAGAAGGCCGGCUGGUUCGUGUAGCAUUGGUGGCUCUAGUAUGCGACAAGCCAGCUGCUCAUAAGCUUGCUGGGUUCGGCUCGCAUUCUCACACCAAUUUUUAUACGCUGUGUUGGGUCAAACAGUCCGAUAAAGCUACGCCUCAAGGAUGGUACUCCAUCAAUAUUGAUUCGUUGUCAGCUUUCCGGGCUCGCACAAAUGCAGAGCAGCGCCGACUACAACAGGAAUAUUUGAAGUGCAAAAUCAAGAGUGCUCGAGAUGAAUUUGCGACAGCAUACGCAACACGAUGGACGGAGCUGUUUCAUCUACCUUACUUCGAUGUAUGCGAGAUGGUUGUGAUUGAUCCUACGCACAACCUUUUCUUGGGACUGAUCAAGACUCACUUCUAUCACAUAUGGGUCCAACAAAAUGUCCUUCGCAAAACGAAGGAGCUCCGAGCUCUCCAUGUUAUUAUGGCUGAGAAUCAGCAGAUACCACAUAUCUGGUCCGACUAUGGUGGCCAUCAAGAAACCCCAGCGGGAAUGGCUACACGAAGAGCAGCAUCAAUAGCUGAGGUUCUUGAGGCUAAGAAGCAAGCAGCCAUUCAGGCCAAGAAACAGGCAGCUGAGGAGGCUCGUCGCCCUCAGCCAACACGUAUUCCCACUGCUCGAGUUGCGCAACGCGACAUUGAACCCGAAGAUGACAAUGGUGUCAAUGAUGGUUCACGCAUGCAGGGCGAUGAUCCUGAUUAUGAUGCUCUAUCUCGUGCCCGCAAACGACCCAAGCCUAAUACACUGUCAGUUGCUGAAGAAGAAGAACGUGAUAAUGCCAUGGCCUCAAAUCUGCACCGGGACGAUCCUGCCAACUUUGUUAAGCUAUGCAGGGUUCUUCGCAUUCUGGUUUCCAAGACAAUUACAACAGAUGACCUGAAGUUAUCGGAUCGUCUCUUGCGCAGCUACACGAAAGAGUUGAUGGUGCUCUAUGGCGCAGCAGUCAUAAAACCGAACCACCACUAUGCUACCCACGUAUCUUCUUGUAUAAAAAACUAUAGGCCUCUACGAGAGUUCUGGACGUUCCUUUUUGAGCGCUUGAAUAAAGUAUUGAAGAGUUUCAAGACAGGAAAUCAGUCAGGCGGUGAAUUAGAAACUACAUUCUUCCGGGAGUUUCACCGAACUGUUCAACAGUCGCGUUUGUUAGCACAAUCAGCACAACAACCCCCCGGCUCGGAGUUACGCCUGGCUGCAGAAGCUAUGUUCGCAGCAUCUUCAGAUGAUCGAGGAACUGUUCAGAGCUUAGCCAAAGAACUUGACGAAGCUCGUCAAGAUGACGGAAUCCGAUUGGAACCGAGCACUCGCGCUGAAGAGCGCUAUUUGCCUUCCGAAAUUUAUCUGCCAUUGUUGACCCACUUGCAGAUGCAGUCUUCCUGCCAGCGGCUUGUAUUCAUAUUUGUCUCUCAGCCCGCCUGCUGUUCCACAUCUGCCGAAAAUUCAUUGGUGGCUGUACGCAUGAACGACAAUCCUGGGUCUGCUCUUGAGAUUGGAGAAUUACUAUCUGUAUUGGUCAUCAAUCAGGCUGAAUUUUGGGGACGCCGUCUUUUUGGAUAUAUGCGAUGGAAACCCUCCAAUGUAGACAUCACAGGCACUUUCUGGAGUGUCUUCAAAGAUGUUGGCGUUCAAAUCUUUCAAAAUGGCCACCUAGAAUCGCAUCUCUUAAAUGAGUGCGGAAGAUGGGGCAGCACUCAUGAGCUAGACCUGUACCCAAUCGUCUUGAAUGAAACACUACAAAAGUUGAUCCAUAGCUUCGGAUCUCAGGAGCCAGUCAUGCAAGGCCUGAGACCAGAAUGUCCAGCUUUGUCAGACAUGCCAUCUCGUAGAGAUGAAAACGCACAUACAAAGUUGUCUCUUGAGUAUAAAGCAAAGCUUUUGGCUGAACCAGAACUCGUCGAAAUGGACAAGGAACGAAAAAAAGGUUAUAUCUUUUGCUCCCAACCCUUGCUCACCCGCUGA